AAAAGAGUUGCUCUGGCCCACCACUGCUGCCGUUGGGCUGCGAUGAGCCAUCGUCCAGAAAUGGAGUAAAAAAUAUCAGGAAAAACAGCCAGGGAGAGCGGCCAGCGAAGAGGAGCGAGGCUACAAGGCUUUUACGGUAACGGCACAGGAGAGCCAUUCAGAAGAGCCGGGGGUCAAAGGUGAGAAGAGCAGAGGGCACCAUGGAGAGUGAGCCGGGGGCCCCUGCCUCCGCGGCCAACAGUACCGGGACCACCACCUCCACCUCCUCCUCCGCCGCCACCUCCUCCAGCACCACAGCUGCCAGCAGCAGUAGUACCUCUAACACUACUGCUACUACUUCUGCCACCAGCAGCAGCAGUAACACUAACAGUAGUGCCAGUAGUAGUACAGCAGGAAGGCAGGCAAUGCCUCAGAUAUCUGUUUACAGUGGGAUACCUGACCGACAAACCGUGCAGGUGUUCCAGCAGGCAUUACACAGACAGCCUAACACGGCAGCACAGUACCUGCAGCAGAUGUACGCCGCUCAGCAGCAGCAUCUGAUGUUACAAACCGCUGCCCUCCAGCAGCAGCACAACCUCAGCGCCGCUCAGCUCCAGAGCCUGGCUGCUGUACAGCAGGCCAGUAUUGCAGCUGGCAGGCAAAGCUCUUCACAGAACGGCACUUCAUCCCAAACAGGAUCAACUCAGGCUACGAUCAACCUGACCACAUCCCCAGCGGCGGCUCAGCUGAUCAGCAGGGCUCAGAGCAUUGGUUCCACCCCCACCAGUAUUUCCCAGCAGGCUGUUCUGCUGGGCAGCUCAUCUAGCACCACGCUCACGGCCAGUCAGGCACAGAUGUACCUACGCGCACAGAUGGCCCAGCAGAAUAACCUGGUGCAGGUGGCGAGGAGUCUGGGCCGGGCUGGUCCUCUGUCCCCGCAGCUCAUCUUCACUCCAACGGCCACAGUGACGGCCGUCCAGUCAGAGUGCUCCGCGCAGGCCUCCUCACAGAAUCAGGUCCAGAAUCUGGCGAUCCGUGGCCAGCAGGGGGCGACCGCGUCCUCCUCUCACACGCAGACCCUGCAGGCUCUCAGUCUGAAGCAGAGCCCCGUGCCCAUCCAGCCCGCCUCACUGAAGAAUCCCAGCCAAGUAUCGCAGGGUGCCACAGGAGGGAAGGCCGGCUCCUCUGACGGCUCAUCUGAAGCAGGGAAGAAGGGCGACAGCGCAGCGGUCACAGAAGUGCGAGCUAUAAACAUGAGCCGCAAUGUCACAACCAUCAGCGCUCAGCCCCUGAUUGCUCCAGCGUACACGCACAUUCAGCCCCACUCCCUGGUUCAGCAGCACAAGCAGCAGCAGCAGUUUGUGCUCCAUCAGAGUCCAGCUUCCCAGAGGACCACUGGCCAGCUGCUGCAGACGGCCUCCAUUCAACCGUCGCAACACCCCGUACCCGUCCUGCCCAAACCUGCUCCACACCAGCCCGCCAUGACCAGCCAGCAGGCCACCAUCUUCCACUCCACCAUCAGCCCCCACGCCCUCCACUCCUCCCUCAACCACGCCAAAGCUCAGCCUGUCCAGCUCACCGCCAUCAACCUGCAAAUACAGCCAACCCCUUCCAGAUUGAUCCAGGACAAUAAAGAUAAGCCAACCUCACUGGUGGUCAGAGAGACGUGUCCAGCCCCCGCCGUGCAGCAACAGCAACAGCUACAGCAGCAGCAGCAGCAGUCACAGCAGCAGCAGCAGCAGCAGCAGCAACAGCAGCAACAACAGCAGCAGCAGCAGCAGCAGCAGCAGCAGCAGCAGCAGCAGCCACAACAGCAGCAGCCACAACAGCAGCAGCAGCAUCAGCAGCAGCAGCAGCCACAACAGCAGCAGCAGCCACAACAGCAGCAGCAGCAGCAACAGCAGCAGCAGCAGCUACAGCAGCAACUACAGCAGCAACCUGUACCUUCCCCAUCACAACCCACCAAGCCUGUAGAGCAGCCCAAGGUCGACCCCCCCACACCAGCUGUUCAGCCACAAGCAGGCGGGGGCUCAACCAAGAGGCCGAGUGCUGCAUCAGCUGGCACCACACCUCCAACCAUGACCUCAGGAAAUGAGAGCGAAGCGCCCACCGUGACGGGCAGCACGCCGCAGAACGGAGAGAACAAACCCCCGCAGGCCAUCGUCAAGCCGCAGGUCCUCACACAUGUCAUCGAAGGCUUUGUCAUCCAGGAGGGAGCUGAGCCGUUUCCCGUGUGUGUGGAGCGUCUGCCCAUUCUCAUGGACAGCCCAAAGAAGCUGGAUCAUCAGCUCUCCUCAGACCCCGACAAAACCCCCGUCAGCAACGCAGCAAACAGCGACUCCGAGCCCGAGGACAUGAACACGUCAGAAAAAGAGCAGGAACCCAAGCUGACAUGUGAAUACUGUGGAUGGGUCGACUUUGCCUACACGUUCAAAGGCUCUAAAAGAUUCUGCUCUGUGGUUUGUGCAAAGAGGUACAACGUGGGCUGUACGAAGCGGAUAGGCCUUUUCCGUCCGGAGAGGAGUAAACCAACGAAUCGCUGGCGUAGAAGAUCUCAGGGCCGCUCCAGUAUAGAGGCGAAGAAGCAGAAGCUGUCCCCCUCCCCACAGCAGCCUCAGGGCGGAUCCGUAUCGUCACCGCAUCCCUCACAGCCCAGUCAGGAGGAGUCCAGCCCGUGUUCGGACAUGUCCAGCUACGAGGAGCCGCCGUCUCCCCUGUCGGCAGCCAGCUCAGGACCCCUGCCUCCUGCCCCGGCCCCGGCUCAGGUCCCCGUUCACCGGCGUCCGAGCAGAGCCUCGGACCAGGAGGCCUGUGCUGUUAGAGACUCGCCUUCACUCUGUCCGCGCUUCAUACCCAACGACCCCACCAGGUGGAACGUGGAAGAAGUUUAUGAGUUCAUCCGUUCACUGCCAGGUUGUCAGGAGAUAGCGGACGAGUUUCGCUCUCAGGAGAUUGAUGGACAGGCCAUGCUCCUGCUAAAGGAGGACCACCUCAUGAGCGCCAUGAACAUUAAACUGGGACCUGCACUUAAGAUCUUCGCGCGCAUCAACAUGCUCAAAGACUCUUAGCAGGAAAGUGUGUGUGUGUGUGUUCGGCACACGUGCAUUGAUCUUAGUGCUUCUAUUUUUGUGCGAGAGAAGAGCAGAGUGUAAAACGUUGGCAAUGAUGUCUAGCACUGACGACACAGACUGACUGCUGCACUAUGACCUCGCCUACCACCACCACUGGACUGGUUACUUUGAAUCUCACUUAAGCAGACACUCGUAUUCACCUGCAACUGCUCAAUAGCAGGACUGAUGAUGGUUGUAUUAGAGUUGCAGCUCGAGGACUAGAGGUCUGUGUUUACAUGCACUCAGUCCUCACAAAGCUACAAACAGUUUCAUUAUCCAGAUAACACAUCUAGAAACCUUCCUUGAUAAAAGCAGAUGUAAAUGGGGUCUCAGAUUUGGCCAGAGAAAGCGAAAUGGUAACAAUGGACUGCAUUUAUAUAGCACUUUUCCAAGCUUUGCGACCACUCAAAGCGCUUUUACAACACAUGUCAGCAUUCACCCAUUCACACGCAUUCACACAGAAGCAGAGGCUGCCAUACAAGGUGCCGUCUGCUCAUCAGGUUUAAAGGCAACACAGAGGAAAAACACUAAGAUGAAAGAACUCAGUGGUGCCCGGGUUGGGUCAUACUGCAACACAGUCUUUGCUGAAUUAAGGCAUUAAUACAAACUUGAGUAAAGUCUGAAUUAAUUAUUAUAUUAUUAGAGAUGUUUUUGUACAGUUUUGUUAGUGUGCAAAUGAAAGCGAGCCAUUUCUCUUUGUAUGUGUGGCUGGGAACAGAAGAUUGCAUUGAUUAAUUUUCUCAUUUUCAUUCAGUAGAUGCUCCCUUUGCCUUUUUCUCACAAUAAGAGUCUCACGGCUCUUGAAUACAAAGCUUGAAUGCGGAGAAAUCGUUUACGCAGUUUCUUCUGUGGCAUUGAUUUCCCUUUCAUGAGGAACUUGCCAGUUUUUCUCCUGUAGAUUAAAACUGCUUACAAAUUAUUUUUCACCGCUUUUUCGAGAUAAUUUACUAAAAAUACGAUUAAAUACAAUACGAAGUUAUCUGAGGAACAAUGCAGGUGUGCUGCUCUCUUCACACUGCCCAACCUUUGGCACUUAUUUUCCUUUUCGUUUGCUUUAUUGUUAUGAGACACUCCACCUAAAGUGAGAGCAGCAUUUGUGCAGCAAUGUAAACAGGUUUAUUUGUACAUAGCAGCUUGAUUAAGGAGAAAGAUUAACUAAGUGUGAAGCUGUUUUCUUUUUUUAAGUUAUCCUUGUUUUAAAACAAGUGUAAUUAUGUUCAAUAUUUUCGAAAUAUGCAAAUGUAUAAAUAUCAUGGCCUGCGAGAUGUGUUUUUUAAAAUGUUUUUCUUAUGGAAAUAUGUUUAUAUCUAUUUGUGUUUUGUGGCUGUGAUGGAAGGUAAACUUUUUUAGAUAAGGCUGUCAAAUGCUUGUAUUUAUCAAAACAGUUUGUUACGCAACAUUUUUGCAAUUAUAAAUCAUUUGCAUUACA